GCGUCAUCACGGACAUCCCAAUUCAACUAGCCAGCGCCGUGAAAUACUUACCAAACAGUUGCAAACACCUCCAUAUAUAGGUUUUGCACGAACGCGUUUACAACCAAGUUGAUAAAUAUCAAGUAUCAGUGCCUCAUACAGCUCUAAACUACACACCAUGUCAGCUAUUGCUCAUAAAAUUCUGGUUGUUGGUGGUAAUGGUUUCGUUGGAUCCGCGGUUUGUAAGAUUGCUCUUGCCCGAGGAAUGGAGGUCACCAGUAUAAGCUCUUCCGGAAAACCUUACAAAACUCCACAAGGCCAUGCCCCUGCAUGGGUGGAAAGGGUAGAGUGGCGGAAGGCUGACGCCAUGAACCCGGAAUCAUAUGCGGACAUUCUCCCCAGUGUUGAUGCCGUUGUCCACACUGUUGGUACACUUCUAGACAACACGCAGUACAAGCAGAAGAUGCAAGAUGGUGAUUUAUUGGGCUUUAUUAAAUACCUUGUGGGCAUGGGCGGUCCUGCAGCAGAAGGUCAACGGAGCGCUUAUGAUAUCCUCAAUUAUGAAUCAGCUGUUCGUGUGUGUGAAACAUUCGUCGCGAGUAAGCCCGUAUCCGGACUUACACGUGUUCGUCCCUUCGUCUACGUCUCCGCGGAGGACUUCAACCGACCUCUUGUCUCCGCGCGCUAUUUCGAAACGAAACGGGAGGCCGAGCAGCGAAUUGAGGAAAUCGUCACAGAUCAUCCUCAAUACAAGGGGGUGUAUGUCCGCCCCAGUAUAAUAUACCAUCCGCAUAACCGACCAAUGACUACUAUUCCAGCUACGAUAUUUGGUUUCUCGUCACGGGUCCAUGAUGCAAUGCCAUCGUAUAUCCCGAUGCCCGCCUCGGUUCUUCGGUGGUUAGGCACGUCGGUGUUUCCCAAUGCUACGGACAAAACGCCUUCCUCCCUGAAUUCCUUGGCGAACUUACUUUCGAUUCCGCCAAUUCAUGUGGAUCAUCUGGCUGAGGCUAUUUGUAUUUCCUUGGAUCCAGCUAAGGAUAUACGUGGUGUUGUCGGUGUACGCGAUAUGCACCAACUGAUCGGUAUGUCCCAGACGGGAUCAGAGGAGCCGGCGGCAAACACCUAGAACAUUAUAUACCUUUCAUAUUCCCUCGACGUCAUACUGUACAUUUUUUGUUCCUUCGUGGUAAAUCUUUAAUUCUUGGUCGACUGAUUACGCGCUAGUUUCAU